GUAACUGGAGGCUGUUAUUGCAAAAAUGACAAAGGAAAAUGCUUCUCUGUUGUAACUUGUUCUGUCAGUCUCCUGUAAGCUGCUGUUCUCACGUUUACCUCCCUGGGUUGGGUUUCUGAAGACAAUUGUUUCAUGCUACCACGUAGAAAUCACUUAAAGGAAAUGUAGCUUAAGAAAGAGUGAUACUUUAAAGUUAAAUAUUAACCAGAAUCAAACAAGCUCAAGAGCGUUUCAAGUGAGGCUAACUUGUUGGGCUGGUGAGCAAGAACGAACUCAAGCAGUGAAGAAUAGGCAUGGGGAUACUUUAUUCAGAGCCCAUUUGUCAGGCAGCUUAUAAUAACGAUUUCAAUGAAGUUCAGCUCCUUUUGGAGCGCAACAGCAACUAUCUGAACAUCCAGGACAGCUUCGGUGGAGACACCCCCUUAAUUUGUGCAUGCAAACAGGGAAACAACAGGAUAGUUAGCUAUCUUCUAAAAAGAAAUGCUGAUGUCAGCCUCAGAAACAAGAAAGACCGCACAUGUCUGCAUUAUGCUGUGAGAAAACGGUUUACCUUCCUUGACUACGUGCUUAUCAUAAUCCUCAUGCCAGUUAUGCUUAUUGGAUACCUUCUCAUGGUCUCAAAGACUAAACAGAAUGAAAACCUGAUCAAGAUGUUGCUUAGAGCUGGAGUGGAUGUUAACGCUACAGACUUUUCUGGUAGCACAGCCCUUCACUACGCUUGUGAAAUGAAAAACCAGGCAGUCAUUCCUCUACUGCUUGAAGCUCAUGCAGACACUUCUGUAAAGAAUCAGAAUGGGGAGACUCCUUUGGAUAUAGCAAGAAGAUUGCAGUUCUACAACAUUGAAAGCAUGCUAAGGAAAACUUCCUAG